AGAAAGAGGGAUAGGAGAGAGAGAGGAGGGAAGGAGAGAGGGAGAGAGCAUUAAACACUGUAGCCACGUGAGGCCGGAGGGAGAGUAAAGGCUGUGAGAGAGUGAGAGCAGCAAUAAUAAUAAUAAUAAUAAUAAUAUAACGAUCGUGGCAUUGGGUGUGGAGCUUCUCACGUCUACGCGGCGCCUCAAAGCGAUUCACAGAACAUACUGUCGAGAGAAUUUUGUGGCCCAGAAGUGAAAUACUAAGUAGAGAGUUCUGUUGAUUGCCGCCGGGUAGAACAAUGACUUCACGAAUAACUCGAAAGGCAACUCUGAGCAAUAAAGAGCCACUUCCAGAAGAGGAGGAUGAGGUGCCAUCCUUUCUUAUUCUAACAUCUGACUCUGAAGAGGAGGAAGAAGAAUGGGUUCCAGAAGUUAAAGUGGCAAAGAAGCCAAGAAAACCCACUGCUCCAAAAAAAGUGACUGUAAAAAAGCGAAUUGUUAGAAGUACUGCAGCAAAAAAGACGCCAGUAAAAAAAUCCACAGGAGCUAAAAAACGCACCAAAAGCACAGGGGUGGACGUUAAACGUGGACAUAAUGUAAAGCCAAACGUGGCUAUUGCAGAAAUAGAAGGCAAUGAAGAAGAGUCUUCUGGAAAGCUGCCGCCUGGGACGUGGAAGCCAAGGGAUGAUUUUUCAGUUGACUUCAACUUUGAAAGCAGUGGAUCCAGCACACAACAUGUUGGAAGAAAAAUAAAGCAAGAGAGACAAUCACUGGUUUUGAUUGGCGAUCAAGAGGAUAACAGGAUUGCUCGUGGUCAACAAAAUUAUGGAAACGACAAACCAGAACCCAAAGAAACAAAACCAAUCAAGAAAGAAACGGUUCGGAGUGGAUCUGAUAUCAGUCAGCCGUCAACCAACACAAAUCUUGGCAGAAGGAAACUGAAGGAAGAAGGAGACAUCAGUUUUACAUGGAGGGAACCUCCUGCCAAAAAACAGAAGAAGACUGUGAGCUGCCCAGUAAAAUUACAGAAAGGACUUAUGGAGAUUGGGAAUUUCCAAAUGAACUGGGACAUAACUCAGGUUUUACAUGAGCGAACAAAUGUAGAACUAUGGGUGUGUGCAAACCUCAUUAAACUCUUCAAGGAAGAAAACACAAUUCCAUUUAUUGCCCGUUAUCGAAAGGAGCUCACCAAUAACAUGGAAGCUGAUAUUAUACGAGAAGUACAACAGGCGCUGGAAGAAUUGACCCAAGUUAUGAAGAAAACGCAUGCGUCCAUUCAGAAAAUAGAGAAACAAGAUAAGCUUACGUCAUAUUUAAAAGUUGCUUUGUUGAACUGCAAGACUUCGGACGAAGUAGAAUAUCUGUUUGCUCCUUAUAAAACUGGAAGUAAUCAGACAAAAGCUCAGAAAGCCCGUCAGCUUGGCCUAGAACCUGCAGCAAAUCUGUUGAUCGAAAACCCCAACCAACUCAAUCUACACAGCCACAUUCGAGCAAAUAUCAAAGGUCUUUCUACACUGGCAGAGGUAGAAAAAGGAGUACAGCAUAUUUUGGCGGAUAUGAUGUCCAAAGAUAGGGAUACGCUGGAUUUUAUAUGGAAACUGUGUGAUCAAAAUAUGGUCCUCAUUCAGUCAACUUUGCUAAAGGCAGCUACAAAGCAGAAUGCUGGAACCAAAAGAGAUACUGAGAAAUUCCAUCUGUACCAUAACUUCAGCUGCAGUAUUCGAACCAUCCACCAUCAUCAGAUUCUGGCCAUUAACCGAGGGGAAAAAUUGAAGAUUCUGACAGUGAAGGUCAAUGUUCCUGACAGGGUGAAAAAUGAGUUCUGUUGGUGGUGCAUCAAUAAAAGGUGGAGGCCAAAGAAUUUCGCAAGUCCCGGGAUUAUGAAAAUUCUGACGGAUUCUGCUGAAGAUUCAUACAAACGUCUCAUUUGUCCUCUUCUGUGUAGAGAAUUCAGAACUCGUUUGAAAACGAAUGCCGAGAUGGAAUCCAUUUUAAUGUUUGGGAGGAAUCUUCGACAGGUUCUCCUGACCAAUCCUGUUCGUGGCCGAGUUCUUUUGGGGGUCGAUCCUGGAUUCAGGAAUGGAUGCAAACUGGCGAUUGUUUCACCCACAAGCCAAAUUCUCCAUACUGAUGUGGUUUACUUACUCGGUUCUGGAGUGCAGCGAGAAGCUGAAAAGAUAAGGCGUUUGCUUCAUGAAUACAGCUGCUGGACUGUCGUUAUUGGUAAUGGAACUGCCUGCAGGGAAACCGAGGCUUUCUUUGCAGACCUGAUCAACAGGAAAUAUUUUGCCCCAUUGGACGUCGUGUACUGUAUUACCAGUGAGGCUGGAGCAUCAAUAUAUAGCGUUAGCCCGGAGGCUGUCAAAGAGAUGCCAGAUCUGGAUCCUAAUCUAAGAAGUGCAGUUUCCAUAGCAAGACGGGUUCAGGAUCCAUUGGCCGAAAUGGUGAAAAUUGAGCCAAAACAUAUUGGGGUUGGAAUGUACCAGCACGAUGUGGCACAGACUCUGCUCAAAGCUACCUUGGAUAGCGUGGUGGAAGAAUGUGUCAGCUUUGUAGGUGUGGAUAUCAACAUCAGCUCAGAAACUCUCAUGAGACAUGUUGCAGGGCUUAAUGCUAGUAGAGCAAAAAGUAUAAUUGAAUGGCGUGAGAAGAAUGGGGCAUUCAUCAACCGAGAACAGCUGAAGGAAGUCAGGGGCUUGGGUCCAAAAACAUUUCAACAGUGCGCUGGUUUCAUCCGAAUUAACCCAGAAAAUAUAAAGGGAUUUUGCAGCAGCCAGCCAUCCACCAGCGCUGCGGGAGGUCAGGGGGCUGGCGGAAAGGGGAGCGGUUCCAAAGCAGGUGCAGGAGGAGGAGGGGGAGAAGGCACAGCUGUCAGACCGAGCAAGAAGAAGAGCAAAACGAUGCAGCCAAACCCUUUAGAUCAGACGUGCAUCCACCCCGAGUCGUACGACGUAGCAAUGAGAUUCUUAUCUACCAUUGACGGGAAGCUCUGUGAUUUUGGGAAGCCUAGUAUGGAGAGCAAGGUGAACCAAUUGCUACGAACUAGUUCACUGGAUGUCGUUGCUCAGAAGCUUAACACAGCUGUACCUACACUACAGAUGAUUAUUGAUGGACUGAAACAGCCUCAUGACUACGACAUUCGAGCAGGAUUUGAGCAACACGAUUUUAAAAGAUCCAUCGUCUCGCUUGCUGACCUGAAGAUUGGGACUAUUCUGACUGGAAGAGUGGAAAAUGCUACUCUCUUUGGGGUCUUUGUCGACGUAGGUGUGGGUAGAUCAGGCCUGAUCCCUAUGCGUUGUAUAACUGCGGGAAAGCUACCUCCAUCUAAACGAAGGAGAAGUCUGGGACUCGGUCCAGGUGAAAGAGUGGAAGUUAAAGUGCUGGAUAUUGAUCACGCAAGAAACAGAAUCCGAUUGGACCUCAUUCGAGUUUUGUAAAAGAUAAAUUUUUUUUAAAAUGAAACAUAAAUCCCGUUUUUGCACAAUGGGAAACCUAAGCGAGGAACACGAUUUGCUAGUUUUAGCAGUUUUUUUUUUAUUGCAGCCUUCACUGAAUGCAGUGAGUCCAAUUGGGACUGAAUGCACGGACUUGGCUGACAAAAUCCAUUCAGGGUUAGGGUUUAAUGUAGCGGUUUUGGCGAUGCAUGAGAAUACUGGAAAUCCAUAUCAAAGCCGACAUUACCAAAGGUGGCGCGUGUAACGAUGAAUGGAAUUAUAGUUAUAGUUAGAAUUCUAAUAAUAAUGAUAAUAAUCGCUGCAUUUGACAUAGCGCCUUAGCAAACCCAGGUCCUCUCGCUUGCGAGGCGAGCUCCGAGUUGAUAUAAAAGGUAGUUGGGAACAAUGAGUUGGCCACUGAGUGGCAGUGCAAUGUAGUCUGCUCCCCAGUUAAGCAAAAUAUACUGUGUGUUCAGUAGAUAGGAAACAGUCCAAAGUGCCAUUGAGAGCAAGCCAAGAGCACUGAGCUUGGAGGAAGAAGAAGAAUAAAAAGUUGUGUUCAAA